UUCUGUUUGUUAUUGUAUCAUCUGGUCAGUCGUACACGCUUUCGAUCUAUCGUAUAUUGCCAGCAAUAUAUACAGAUAUAGAUAACAAAACCCGUCUAAGGUCCCCCACUCAUACUGUCUGCCUGUGUCUGCAUCUGUCAAGGAUAUUAUUACCGACAUGGAGCAAUUUCCACAACCAAUACGUAAACCUGAAAUUAAAUUUACGAAGCUGUUCAUCAAUAACGAGUUUGUAGAUUCUGUUAGCGGAAAGACAUUCUCUACCAUCAACCCGGUCAACGGAGAGAAAAUCUGUGACGUCACCGAGGGCGACAAGGCAGAUGUAGACAAAGCGGUCGAGGCUGCAAAAGUAGCUUUCAAACUUGGAUCAGCAUGGCGGCGUAUGGAUGCAAGCAAAAGAGGUGCUCUGAUCUACAAAAUCGCACAGCUCAUGGAGAGAGAUGCACAGUAUUUGGGAAGUCUUGAGACGUAUGAUAACGGAAAACCCUAUAUGAACGCUUACGGCGAGAUGCUAUUCUCAGCAAACAUAUUGAAAUAUUUUGCCGGUUGCGCCGAUAAAGUUGGAGGGAAGACAAUACCUGUUGAUGGAGAUUUUAUGUGUUACACAAGACAUGAACCUGUAGGCAUCUGUGGAGCAGUUAUUCCGUGGAACUACCCGGUGGCCAUGUUUGCCCUGAAGCUGGCCCCUGCCUUGGCCUGUGGCAACGUGAUCGUGUUCAAACCGGCAGAGCAAACGCCACUAACGGCUCUCUACAUGGCCUCCCUCUGUAAAGAGGCUGGAGUUCCUCCUGGCGUUGUUAAUGUUGUCAAUGGUUACGGUCCUACUGCUGGUGCCGCUAUCACUGGACACCCAGAGGUGGACAAGAUCGCCUUCACUGGAUCAACAGAGGUUGGGCAGAUUAUACUGCAGGCAUCAGGCGCCACGAAUAUCAAACGCACAACAUUGGAACUUGGAGGGAAAAGUCCAAACGUCAUCAUGGACGAUGCUGAUCUUGAGUCGGCCGUAGCAUGGUCCCAUGAAGCCGUGAUGACCAACAUGGGUCAGUGCUGCGUUGCCGGAAGCAGAACCUUCGUCCAUGAGAAAAUUUACGAUCAGUUUGUGGCUAAAAGCAAAGAAAUGGCAGAGAAGAGGACAUACGGAGAUCCUUUUGAGUUUUCUACAAAAAAUGGACCACAGGUUGAUAAAGACCAGUACCAGAAGAUUCUAGAGUUGAUCGAGUCUGGCAAGAAGGAGGGGGCUAAACUAGAGUGCGGGGGAGAAGCUGCGGGGGGUAAAGGAUUCUUCAUCAAGCCCACGGUCUUCUCGGGGGUAACGGACAACAUGAGGAUAGCCAGGGAAGAGAUUUUUGGACCAGUUCAACAAAUCUUUAAGUUCAGUACACUGGAUGAAGUAAUUGAGCGAGCCAAUGACACACAUUAUGGUCUGGGGGCCGCCAUAUUUACCAGAAGUAUUGAUACCGCCAUGAUGUUUGUACAGGGGGUCAGAGCGGGGACUGUUUGGGUAAACUGUUACAAUGCCCCAAAUUACCACGCUCCAUUUGGAGGAUUCAAAAUGUCUGGCAUUGGAAGGGAGAUGGGUGAAUACAACCUAAGCCAAUAUCAGGAAGUCAAAACGGUCAUGAUAAAGAUUCCCCAGAAGAAUUCUUAAAAAAAAGACUUUUCAACUUUAUACGCUCAAGUGGCCAGAAUCAAUAUUUUAUUUUCAUCCAAAUAUAGAAGUCAAUUUGUUUGUUUUCUGUAUAAUUAUGAAAUCAAUUACAAGAACGAUUAACUUU